GGCGCCGGGCGGGGCCGUGACGUCACUGCGCGCGUGGCUCCGGCUGCGCAGGGACAGCUGGCGCCUCAUAGGGCGGCCGGCGAGCGAGUCGCAGGCGUGGGGUGCUUCUGGCCAGCAGGUCCCACUUCGAGAGCAGCCGCCGCCUUGCACUGCUGCACCAUGUCCGGGCAGCUGGAGCGCUGCGAGCGCGAGUGGCACGAGCUGGAGGGGGAAUUUCAGGAACUGCAGGAGACACACAGGAUCUACAGGCAAAAGCUGGAGGAGCUGACUGCCUUACAGACCUUGUGUAGCGGGUCAAUCAACAAGCAGAAGAAGUGCCUCAAGGACUUGCGGCUGGAGCUCCAGAGGUACAAGCACCAUGCAGGUCGGGAGGAGGUGGAGCUGGUCCAGCAGAUUGGCGCACACAUCAAGGAGCGGCAGAAUGUCUUCUUUGACAUGGAGGCCUAUCUGCCCAAGAAGAACGGGCUCUACUUGAACCUGGUCCUCGGCAAUGUGAAUGUGACCCUGCUCAGCAAGCAGGCCAAGUUUGCCUACAAGGACGAGUAUGAGAAGUUCAAGCUCUACCUGACCAUAAUCCUGCUCCUGGGGGCCGUGGCCUGUCGCUUUGUCCUUCACUACAGGGUGACAGAUGAAGUCUUCAACUUCCUGCUGGUGUGGUACUACUGCACCCUGACCAUCCGGGAGAGCAUCCUCAUCAGCAACGGCUCCAGAAUUAAAGGCUGGUGGGUGUCGCACCAUUACGUCUCCACCUUCCUGUCAGGAGUGAUGCUGACCUGGCCUAACGGACUCAUUUAUCAGAAGUUUCGAGAUCAGUUCUUAGCGUUUUCAAUUUUCCAGAGCUGCGUGCAGUUCCUGCAGUACUACUACCAGCGAGGCUGCCUCUACCGGCUUCGGGCCCUGGGCGAGCGGAACCACCUGGACCUCACGGUCGAAGGGUUCCAGUCCUGGAUGUGGCGGGGCCUCACCUUCCUCCUGCCAUUCCUCUUCUGUGGCCACUUCUGGCAGCUCUACAAUGCUGUCACAUUGUUCGAGCUCUCCACCCACGAGGAAUGCAGAGAGUGGCAGGUGUUCGUGCUGGCGCUCACCUUCCUCGUCCUCUUCCUGGGCAACUUCCUGACUACGCUCAAGGUUGUGCACGCCAAACUCCAGCAGAACAGAAACAAAAUGAAGAAGCCGUAGCCUCGGCCGGAAACCUGCCGGAGCUCCAAGCGGGAGCGAGACUGAGAGGCCACGAGCCUCGGACUCACGUGCCCCGGCCCGGCUCGGAGGUCCUGGGCUUCCCGGCGGCCGGGGCAGCGGCAUCUCGGGCCAGCACGGUGAUGGAGAGCGUCCCGCCCGACACGGAAUGUGAUGGUGCCUGUCCUGGAAGUAUUAGCCCUAUUUAUGACGUAUUUAAUACCAGGUCCCCCGCGUCCCCACAGCUGCUCUCGGCAGAGGCCCAGUCCGGGUCGGUCUUCCUGGGGAGGGACCCGAGCCUCAGGGAGCCCCCUUACCCAUGCGUGUCCCUUGAGCCCCCGCGGCGGGGUUCGGAUGUGCCUCGCGGGGUUGGAUUUCUGCUGCCCUGCCGCCUACGGUGUCCCGGUGCAGGGACGGUGGGUGACACCUUCGGCAUCCUGUGGCGCCCCCUCCCCUGGGCCACGCUGCCUCCGCUGUGAGCCCCCCGCACGGCCCUCACCUCGGGGCGGGGUUAUUUAAGUUCUCAGAGAACCACAGCCUGUCGCUCCCUUGUGCUCUUCCUGCUCCCUGAGUCUCCCGCCUGCUGGCCGAGACGUGAGAGGCGGCCUGGGAUGGGAGUUUUAAGGAAGGCUACCACCAGGGGGCGCCCCAGCCUGAGCGUUGAGAGGCUGCCGGUUCCGAGGUCGCUGAAAGUCCCAGUCGACUCGACUCUUGGUUUGCUAGCGCACACCCUUCAGCUCAACUUUCCCCCUAGUUUUAAAUUUUGGGUUACUGGGGAUCAAACCUAGAGCUUUCAUACUGAGCCACAUCCCCAGUCCAUUUUACUUAUUUUGAGACAGGGUCUUGCUAAGUUGCCCAGGCUGGGCUCCAACCAAAAUCCUCCAGCCUCAGCCUCAGCCGUGCUGUUAGUACUCAGGGAGGGGCGGCUCCAGCAGGCUCAUCCCCUGGGGGCCACCUUGUGAGGCCGGGACAGGGGCCCGUCACCCGCCUGGCAUCAGAUUCCGUGCCAGGAAGGGUGGGGAAGCCGGCAGACUCCAUUGAAGGUUCUGUCUCUUCCAGCCUAUGGGGCUCAGCUGCCUUUAUUUUCCUACUCUGACCAGACUUCUCAGGGGCGUCCACAGUUGGGAUUAGUUUCGCCAUCAAAGGCAUUUCAAAUUCUUUAAAUUAGUUACAUGGGCCGGGGAUUUGCCUCAGUGGUUUCGCUGCCUGCCGCGCAAGCACAAGGAUCCGAGUUCAAUCCCCAGUACAAAAAAAAAAAAAAAA